AUGUCGUCGGCCGUCAACUGCAGGACUGACAGAUUCAUAGCAAUCGACGACGACUGUGGAGCGGACAGAGACUUCAUGAUUGAGCGCAUAGACGCUGCGUUUGCUCUUGCACGAGAUGGGAUGACAGAACUACGGAAGACUCCUAUCAACGAAGACAUCGACAAUGUCUUCCAGCAGCUGUUCGGAUACAAAUACAACGAGCGUCCAUACAAAGUCAUUGAAGGCAGGCUGGACAACCUACAAGCGAUCUCUACCCUCGACGGCGACGCCCAAGGCACUACCGACGUGCGCUUCUUCUGCACCAUGCACCGCAUCGAGAAGCGCAACGACAAGAGAUACUACAACAAGGACUUGAACGUGGCAUACGAGCUCGGCACCAUCACUAACAGGUUCUCGUCCUGCUUUGACUUGACACCGCCGACUCUCGCGGUUACUCUGAACGUCCCCAACCACCGAACGGAAAUCCAGAUAUGCCCAUGGUUCAUGACAACAGCACGCGGUUUCAAGUUCAGGGAUCUGAAGGAGUUGAGGGCUUCAAGCUGGUCCUAUGGAGUUUUGGCAAAGAUCUUGAUGCCCCCUAUCUCGGCAAUCAAGUACACACCGAUCGAUGCCUUUGCGCUGAUGGACAAGGUUAUCUUACAUGAGUUGACGCACACCACCGCAAGUGGAGGACGCACACCGGCAGAAGAUAUGAGUGACGACCCCUACGGUUGGAAGAAUUGCAAGAAGCUGGCGGCGGACUUCUUGGCCUCUGGUAUAAAUGGCGGACUCCCAUCUGUUGCUAAGGACCCCCAGAAUAAUGCCGACACUAUCGCUUUGAUGUGUUCGGCUAUUCGAUUGAUCAAAGACGGUGUGAGGGUCAAAGAAGAUGGGAGCUUGGAUCCGAAGCAGUCAAGUAAGAAGCGUGAUGGGGUGAUGUAUCCAGUGACUUGGGUCGCAUGA